CGGAUCAUAAAAGAGCGCAGCUAAUCGCCCGGCUAGCCUGCUAGCUAGCCGCUGCGGUGCUGCCUUCCUGCCCGUCUCCGGCAGCUCGGAUCCGGGCAUGGACCGUGAAACGCUGGGCGCAGUUUGUCAGACAGCUAAACUAACUGUUAAUACGUGACAUCGCUGUCGACUUAGCCCGAACUAAUCCCUGUAUGCUAAAGUGUCAGAUCCAGCAGGAGACACGUCCACUGUCGGCUCCUACUGCAGCGUUUACUUGUAUUGAGCUAGCGAGAACAGCUAACGCCGCAAAGCUACAGUUGCUGCAGAUGAACUCGACCCUUUUACCUUUGCCAUCCCGGGGACAGGAGUGGAUUGUGAUUACUGUGUCUUUAUUCAUCACAACUGCAUAUUUUUUAACGUUUGCCUUUACAAUAUCUACAGCCACCCACUUUGCUGUCUGGAAAGAAAAUUGAUCUAAUAUAUUUAUCAUAAGGAUUCGUCUCCCGUGUUUUUGGCUGACUGCCAGAUUCUCCAUUUUGUUCUGUGUUGUGAUGCGUUUGGGAACUGAGGCAGUGAUGGACAAACUGUUAGACCAAUCUGUAAACAAUGAAGCUGUGUACUCCUUCCUUUAGUCAGUGGAGUGCUGCAGUCAAGAGUUCAUCGAGGCUGUCAAGUUGUGUUCUUUAUUACAGCAUAACAUCAAAUCAACAAUGACAAAAGUUUCAAAUGCAGGGAUGCUGGAAAGAGUGCAUUCUGUCACUUUAUCCUACCAUGGCAACCAUAACUAUGUCCCUCCCUUACCUUUACAACACCUGCAUGAGGCACAUUAAAGAGGGACUCACAGAGUGAGAUUGCACUCAGAAUAGAUGCACACACUUUCAAAUUAAAGUUAAAUAUAUAGGAGAGAUGUCUAUAGCCCUGAUUUGACUAAAUAGAUGAUGUUAUGUUGUUUCACACUGUCUGUCCACCUACUUAUGACAGUUUUCCCUCUAAGCACUCCUUUCUAGUGUGCCAGAGUGUCAUCGCCACUUCAGAUUCACUUCCUUUGUUGCAGUACUUUUGACAUUUCACACAGCUAUCAGUUACAUCACAUUAUAUUAGAAAGUGUGAUUUGCAAAACAUACUAUUAACAAACAGUGCAAACACCCAGAUUUCAAGUUUUGUGCUCACAAUGUUCUCGACACCGUAACUGUCGUGCUUUUCUUGACUCAAAAAGACUUGGAAGUGACACUUGGAAGUCACUAUGAGUUCAUUGCACUCAUAGUGAUGCAACAAGUAUGUGCCCCAGUAGAUGACAGAAAAGGAACUGCUGUGUACACACUCUUAUUACAACAUAAGGAACUACUGCUGCUGCUGUUUAGGUAGUAAAGGUAUCUUAGUGUGAUUUACACAGUUUCAAUCAUAAGGCUUUGUACUUUUAAACAAGUAUAAUUUGCUUCAGAAUCGAGCACUUCCAUUUAAAUAGAAUAACAGAAUUUUCACUCCCACAUAUUAUAUAGUCGUUGUAAGGUCACAGGUAGAAGCACUGGGAGUAGCAGAAGCAGUUGUGAUGUAGGAAUGUGCAGAUAAAACACUGACACGCUGACAUCAUGCCAUCACUGGAUUUGUUUAAUAGGUGUGAUGUGCAUAACAGUGUGUAGCUUCAUUUAAAUGGCAGGACAGAUAAGGAGCAGUAAGCAGACAACUGAAAGUAUUUUGUUUAUUAGAUUUUCAGUUUGUUUUCCAUUUUUAAAUAAUUGCAUCCGUGACCAUAUGAUGUGAUGUUUUUGUGCAUUUUUUUUAAAGACGACAAGAUGGGAUUGUCAUGAUCAUAUGACUUGUGAAGACAGUGCUUUUUAGAGCAUACAUGUAGCGUUCCCGGAAUGAAAACACAACUUUGGUGUUUACAUCACCACCUCCUCUCAAAACUACUGAUGUGUUUCUCAUAAUACAUCAAAACAACAUAAUAAGAACAAGACAAAUCAGACAAAAUCAACUUAUACUGUCAAUCUAUAUUAUCAUGCAUUUUCUGUGAUCCGGCAGCACUGUUGUAUUUUUAAAAAUGUCCCAGCGUCGGCCUGCUCCUCUGCGACAGUUGACACCUUUGUCGUUGAUUAAUGUCUUUGGCAUCCUUCCACACAGACCUCACUAAUGACCUUACAUCAUCAUGACGACCAACCUGAAUCUGCUGUCUCAGCAGAAAGUGGACUCUGAGCAUGAGGCAGAGGUGCCAUCCUCUCCAUCAGACUCGGUGAUGACUGAGUCUCCGCAGCGCUUUCAGGUCAUCUCCACUGAGCCUGCCACAACACCACAGCGAAUACAGAUUGUAACCGACCAGCAGACAGGUCAGAAGAUCCAGAUAGUGACAGCGAUGAACCCGUCCAGUGCUCCCAAGCAGCAGUUCAUUCUGACUACAGCUGACAGCUCAGGGGCAGGCAAGGUUAUCCUGGCCUCACCAGACAGUCACAACACUAAGCAGCUCAUCUUCACUGCUGCAGACAGCCUGAUGCCAGGAAGGAUACAGAUUGUCACCGAUCCAGUGUCAAUGGAGCGGUUGUUAGGACAGUCAGGGGAUUUGACUCGACCACAGCCAGUGGAGUACUGCGUGGUGUGCGGGGACAAGGCUUCAGGGCGUCACUACGGAGCGGUCAGUUGUGAGGGGUGUAAAGGUUUCUUCAAGCGGAGCGUGAGGAAGAAUCUGACCUACAGCUGCCGCAGUAAGCAGGACUGUGUCAUCAACAAGCACCACCGCAAUCGCUGCCAGUUCUGUCGAUUAAGGAAAUGCCUUAAGAUGGGGAUGAAGACAGAGUCUGUGCAGAGUGAGAGAAAGCCCAUCGAUAUAGUGCCCAGAGAGAAGCAUCCCAACUGUGCUGCCUCCACCCAAAAGAUCUACAUUCGCAAGGACCUAAACAGUCCUCUCAUCGCCACGCCAACCUUCAUAUCCGACACAGAGACAGAUGGCUCCAGAUCCGGCCUGCUCGACCAGGGGAUGCUGGUUAACAUCCAGCAGCCAGUCAUCCAGAGUGAUGGGACUUUGCUGCUGGCAACUGACUCAAAGAUGGAUUCUGGGCAGGGAGAUUUAGGGACGCUAGCCAAUGUGGUAACAUCACUAGCCAACCUGAGUGACUCACUAAAAGAAAACCUGAACAACGGUGAUACCUCAGACAGCCAACACGAGGAGCAGUCUGCCAGCGAGAUAACACGUGCCUUUGACACCCUUGCCAAGGUCUUCAACCCACCCGAGGUCGCUCAAAAUCUGGCUGAUAAGUCACAGUGUGUCAGUGGAACGACAAUCCAGCUGAUUGGCCGAGACCAGGAGACCCCCAUCAUCGAGGUGGAAGGACCACUGCUCACAGACAGCCACGUCGGCUUCAAACUGACCAUGCCCAGUCCAAUGCCAGAGUAUCUGAAUGUACACUACAUCUGUGAGUCGGCAUCCAGACUUCUCUUCCUGUCGAUGCACUGGGCACGCUCCAUCCCAGCCUUCUCAGCUCUCGGUCAGGAGGCGAACACCAGUUUGGUGCGAGCCUGCUGGAACGAGCUGUUCACUCUGGGUCUAGCUCAGUGCGCUCAUGUGAUGAACCUGUCAACCAUCCUCGCUGCCAUCAUCAACCACCUUCAAAGCAGCAUCCAGGAUGACAAGCUGUCAGGAGAGAGGGUGAAGCAGGUGAUGGAGCAUAUCUGGAAGUUCCAGGAGUUCUGCAACAGCAUGACGAGGCUGGAGACCGACAGCUACGAAUAUGCCUACCUGAAGGCUAUAGUGUUGUUUAGCCCCGAUCAUCCAGGUGUGGACAGCAGCGGGCAGAUAGAGAAGUUCCAGGAAAAAGCGCUGAUGGAGCUGCAGGACUACGUGCAGAAAACGUAUCCAGAAGACACCUACAGGCUGACGCGUAUCCUGACUCGUCUACCCGCCCUGCGCCUGAUGAACUCAAGCAUCACCGAGGAGCUCUUCUUCACCGGCUUAAUAGGUAACGUCUCUAUUGACAGCAUCAUUCCCUACAUCCUCAAGAUGGAGACGGCUGAGUACAACAGCCAGGACUCCGACUCUGCAGAAUGACACGCCAUCACUCCCAGCACCCAGAACUGUCAAUUUAAAGAUUAGUGAGUCUCCUCUUCAGGUACACUCCUUGUCUCUCGGGGGGUGCAGUGUUGAACUGCAGUCCAAAAUCCUGCAACAGCCCCUUGUUUUCUAAAGAUACAUGGAGCAAAGUCAUUCAGGAAUACAUAGUAGAUUAAGAUAACAAAGAAUUGGAAAGCCAGGAUGACUGGGAUGAAUGUUUUCUGGAGCUGAUGCAGUCAGACGCUAUGAACGACAAGAAAAAAGAUUCCUCUGCAGCUGCAACUGUGCUCAUGUCCUUUAAUGUCAUUAUAGCACUUCAGCCUAAUUACAUUACCUUCGACCGAAGCCUUUUAAAAUGUUGUAAAUGUAUCUAAGCCUUACCAUGCACUCUCAUGCUGACCAUUAUUAACAGUCGCUUUUGAUGCCGACAUCAGAUAAGAUACACAGUCCAGAAUCAAAAAGUCAUAUAAAUAUAAAUAUUACAUGUGGAAGAGGGAGCUCACUGUGUACUAAAAUAGACAGAUUACUCUGAACCUACGAAGAUUUAGUUUGCAUUUGCAAACAUCAGCACAGUAGGAACUGGAAGGUUUAAUAACUGUGCUGAUAAAUUUGGCUUUAAGUAUGAAUUUUCUGAAUGUUCUACAAAAAUGAAACAUGCUUUGUAUGUUUCCUGUUUUAUCAAUUUUCACACAGCUGACUUUAAUGUACAGUUCAUUAAUUAAAUCAAAUCACCAGUUGGAAAGACAACUUCAAUCAGGUGUAAGUACCAAAUCUCAACUAUAUCUGUAAAGUAGCUAAAUAGACUGGCUGUCAUAUCAGAGGUAGCACACAGUGCAUUCUUAGCUCAGCGACAACACAACCAAUGUCUAAUUUCAUUCUUUCAGUUUCCCUUUUUAACUUACAAUUGCAAAAAUUGCAUAAGCCAAAAUAACUGGUUUAAUUGACCAUGUGUCUUUUCUUAUACUAAACAACAUCUCAGAGAUUUUUUAUGUGCAUGUGUGUCUAUGUGGUACAUUUAUUCCUGGGUUAUUAUGAAUAUGUUGCUAACAUAAUCCGUGCAAUCACCUCAUCACUUUCCCUUUAUGACAAUCAAUUCUGUGUUGUUUCCUUCUGUCCCAUCAAUGUCAUGACUGUGCUUCUCAAUUUGUUUUUUGUGUGUGUAUUUAUCAGUGGCAAUUAUUUCCUUUAAGAAAUUCAAUUAUCUUAAAGAUUUGGGUUCAGAAAUGUAACUUAUAUGUAGCUAUGCUACUGUUUUUGCACUUGUACUGUUUGCAUUUGUAUUCUGGUGCACAUCAAUCAGCUUUCGUGGCAUUCCACUGCAUCCAUGCUGACUAAAACUUUGUGUUUUGUAUGUUUUCUGACAACUUUUAUUUGCUGUGAACAAAUUUGCUUGUUGGAUACUAAGUGUACUUAAAGUACUUUUGGGCAGGUUUCCCUGAUUUAAAAAAAGAGUGGAAUUUUCUGGUAAGCCAGUCGUGAGUGCAUUAAUGUCUUGAAGACAAUAUGGAGAUAUGCAUGGGCUUACCCUGUAUAAUGGUUCAAAAAAGCAUCUGCAGCAACAUGAAUGAUAAUGGGGAUGUAAAUAAGUCAGUACUGAUCAUGUCUUGUGAAAUAAAUGUCAGUUGUAAUAUUUGGGUUGAAAACCCAAGCAGACUGUUUGUAAAGGCACUGGUGUGAAACGACCUUUGUACAUGUAAUUUCAUUAAAAUGAGUGCAUGUUGUUUUUAAGCAGGGUUUUAUAAUCUUGUCGCUGUCUGCCCUAAUAUGGAGUAUUGUUAUCAUUUUUAUAGUGCAUUGCAAUGCAUGAAGAAGUUGCUUAAGCGCAUUUUAUUAAAUGCUGUAUGAAAAAAAAAAUCAUUUAAAUGUUGUGGCUUUAAAAUACUUACCAUGAGCAGCUCAUACAUUAGAGGACGUUAGAGCUUUUUUUUUGUUAUUUUUGUUAUGUGGAUUAAGUAUCCUAUGGUUAAAAUUUUAUACGCUGUAAAUGUAUUUUGUUUUUAUGCUCAUGUAAAAUGUAUUUCUUCAAACAUUGAGAUUGAGAAAUUCAAACAUUCAUGUUUUACUGAAGUUGGUCACAACCUUACAUUUCUACCUCACACCGAUGAAGAUAUAAAACAAAUGUAUUAAUGACUGAGCUCCUGUAUCAGCAUUCCAGUCUCUAAGGCUGGCUUCUCUGAAGCCACACAUUUUAAACAAAAUAAACAGUUACUCAUGAAAUAUGA